AUGACAGAAGCGUUCAUCCCACAGAUAUUGGUCGUUGACUUCAACCAUCACAGAGGACCAGAAAUCGAGUUGUGGGCAGAUGAUGCUGGACAGCAGUUGUUUCAAACCAACGACUGGACCCAGCUGGCCUUCCUAGCAUUGCCUGAUGGUGCGCAUGCUAGCAACGAAGAGUUCUCCUACUUCACGCUCGUCUCGCAAACGACCACAGACACUCCAGAAACAAGUCUGUUCGGUAUAUCAUGUACGCGUCAGAUACGCGCUGAUAAAUUGAAAGUCAAGUCAGCUGAGGUCACGCGUAGUUUCGUGCAGAAGGCUGUGGUCGUGAUUGUUGACAGACCUGGUAUACUUGGGCAGCUACGAGAGCGUCUAGCGGCUGUGACUGCGGCGUGGUUUGCUCAAGAAGACUUCUCUGACAUUCACAUCUUGAAGGAAUUCCAAGCCAGUCUGCAGCAUGAAGCAGAGGCGAAGAAACACGAAAAGGAUGCUUACUUUGGACUGUCGCUGCGAGAGCUCCUUCACGAGCUCCGCCACUUGACACUGAUAUUGGUCAAAUGCCUUUUGUUGCAGAAACGUGUUCUGUUCUUUGGCACAAGAUGUGAGAGACUAUGUAUGACGCAAUUUGCUCUUGUCUCGCUCAUUCCCCAUCUCCUUGAUAACUUACAAGACUGUGCUUCGCCUAAAUUGAACACAUAUGUGAAGACCGUCAGCCGUGCAACGAAUCUGAGGACGAGCGAAAGGAGUUCAUUGCUUGCAUAUAUGGGCCUUCCUCUUCAAGUUUUUGGCGAGCACUCCUUCUUCUCGCCAUACACACCACUUCAGCAGCUGGACUUCCUCUCGUCUCCAAGUGCCAAAUCGUACCUAGCAGGCAGUACAAACGUCCUCUUUCUCUCACAACGGGAUCUUGUCAACUCGGGCGACCCUCAACAGAUGAAGAACCGCUAUUGCGAUAUCCUUGUCAAUCUCGAUGAAGUCUCGUUGUCGUCCAAGAUUACUAUCCUCGACCCCGCCCUACGAUCUGCACUAUCCCUUUCUGCUGCUGAUCGGCGCUGGAUCGAUCAUCUUACCCAAACAGUUCUAGAUACCUGGAAUCCCGCUGACCCGUCCCGGCCCACGACUCAUGGCUAUCAAGGAUCCGAGGACGCUAUCCGACUCAGUUUUGAAGAGUACAUAUUGAGCUUCGUAAGCUCGGUGGCGUAUAAGAACCACUUCGACAACCAUCCUAAUCCCUACCUUUCGAAGCAGGCCGGAGGUGUUUCUGACGAGCGAUACCCUGAUCCACUAGAGACUGCCGGCGAUUUCAAUCACGAUUUCUUGGCCUUAUGGAAGCAAACACCGAACUAUACAUUGUGGCAUAGCUUGACUGAUGACAGCCAAAUCUUCGACAUCGUGGAGCCACGACAUCCUACCGCCGGUGGUUUGAACAUUGAAGACGUACAGCGUCGAGUCGGCGCAGCGGUCAGUGAGCUUCACAUCGACGAUCGCACGCGCCAGGCAAGAGAGACAGCAGGCAAAGCCAUCGAAGUAGGACGUGAGCGAGUCGGAGCUGGUGUAGCAAGAUUCUGGAAAGAGGUCGAGAAUUUCAAGGAGCGGAGAGAGGGCAGCAGAUCUCGCCAGGAGAAUGACAAGAAGCUAUCUACGAAGGAGGCGAGCAGUCUUAGCGACGACUCGGGCGUUCUGGUUGAGCAUCCGGACGUUUUCGAUGCAGGCCGUCGCUCAACUGAGCACACUACAGCGAAUGCUGCAGGCGCCUCAAGUGUAGCAAGUGCUGCUCCACAAGAAACGACAAAUGGAGGUGGAUGGACUGCUGCACUGCGCAGUCGUGCUGCGAAUGUUCAGCGGCCGAACGUGGACACAGUGCAGAUGCAAGCUGCGGCCAGAGAGAACGCAGCACGUGCAGGUGCAUAUCUUAAUAGCUGGGGAAGCUGGGCCAAAGACAAGAGUCGGGAGUGGCAGGAGAGUCGAGCUGCUGCAACAUUUCCACAGGUGCAGACUCAGGUCAACAAGGAGGUGAAGGAGUCGAGUGUCGUGAAUGACUCGAAGGUAGAGACUCCAGCCAGCUUGGGCGCCGUCGCAGCCGCGAAGAACGCUAUGGGUAGUAAAUGA